AUGAUAAGAAAAAGGUCCAUAUUAUACAUAAUAACAUAUAUAUGUACAAAUAUAUACCACUGCAUAAAAAAUGAAAUAAACUACGAAUAUAAUUCUGAACUAAAUAAAAUAAAAAACCCGUUUCUCAUAGAUAUAGAAAAUAAAGAAGAAUGUAAUUUUAAAUAUGAUAAUUUAAAAACGUUGUUCAAGUAUAUAUAUUUAAUUGAGUGCUCCACUAAUACUAAUAAAUUACAACUACAUUUUAUAAAUAUAGCAAAAAAGAAUAAUAAAAAAAAAGAUAUAUAUUAUUUCUAUAACGAAAAUGAUAAAAAAAUAAAGAGUGAUAUUAUACUAUUUGAUGUAGAAAAAAAUGAUAAAAAGGUAAAUUAUAAAAUAUGCCCAACAUUUUAUAAACAUAAGAACCAUUGCUUUUAUAUUUCUAUUAUUAUAAUAUUUCAAACAAAACAAAUAAAUGGCUUACGAGAAUUAUUUAUAAAUCAUAUAUUGCUUAAUAAAGAGGAUCAUCCAAUAAUUGAAGAUUUAUUAUAUUCAAAUAAUAUAAAAAUUAUUGAUAACAAAUUAAAAUAUCCUGUCUUUUUUCUAGUGCAUAAAAACAAAAUUAAAAGAUAUCAUGUAAUAGAUAUUAAAAUCGAAAGAUAUGUACCCUCAUAUAUAUAUGCAUCUAGUUAUAUAUAUAAUUUCGUAUUUAUUGAUAAAAAUAAAAAUAAUUUAUUGAAAGAAGAAAAUUAUAUAUAUGAAUCCUAUUUCUACAAGUUUUAUUGUACUAAUGAUAAUAUGAAUAUAUAUAUCAGUACUUGUGAUAAGGAAAAAAAACAAUUUUAUAUAUAUAAGAUUAAUAUAUAUUGUUAUAGGACCUAUAAAAGCUAUUUAAACAAUAUAUACCAUAUAAAUAUUGUUGAAUUAGAGGAUAAGAUAAAUAAUCCAUAUUUAUAUAAUAACGAAAAGCAUAUUAACAAUAUAAAGAUAGAUCCAUCUUAUGAUUCAGUUAAUAGUACAACUAGUAAUCACAAUAAUACUAAAUUUAUAAAUAAUAAUAAGAAGAAUGAUACUAAUAAUUUUUUUGUUUAUAAUAAUCCUAGUUUUAUUACCCCGUCGUUUCAUGUAAAAAAACAUAAAUAUGAUAUAUACACAUCAUCAGACACAUUUCUCUUUGUAAUAAAAGUUCAUAACAACCAAUUAAAUAACAUUACAAUAAAUAAUAAGAAAGUAUUAUCUGAGUAUAAUAUAAUGACCUUAAAGGAGUCCCCGGAUGAUCAAUUUUAUGAUGACUGUAUAUACAUAUGGAAAAGAUUGCAAGAAAAUAAUAGCACUGAUGAAAAUGCAAAAAAAUUAAAAGAUGAAAAAUAUGGAAAUAGAUAUAAAAUGGAUAAUCAUUAUUAUAAUAGGAGUUAUAAUAAAAAUUAUUCAAAUGAUAAUAAUUAUAACAUAGAAACACUUAAUUAUAAUAAUAAUAAUAAUAAUAAUACUAAAAAUAGGUUUUACUAUAAUAGAAAAAAUAUACCUUAUCAUAUCUUCAACAAUAUAUACGAAGAUGACUCUUUUCAUCAUUAUAACAACAAAAAAAAUAGAAAUCCAGUUAAUAUUAAAAAAAAAUUAUGGUAUGAAUUCUUUUUCUUAUCCUCAUCACAAAAAAAAAAAACAAAAAUAUAUAACCAUAAUGAAAUAAAAAAAGUUUUAUAUCCUAUAAAAAAUAUGUUCCUCCUACAAUAUACUUAUGAAGAAAUAUAUGAUGCAAUAGAAGAUGAUAACAAUGAGAAAAAUCAGAAAAAACAAAAAAAAAAACAACUCGGUGUUGUUCAUUAUUAUUUCUAUGUACAUAAAAUUCCUAAGAAUAUUCUAGUAAAUAAUGAAUACUUUAUAAUAUUUUUAAUAAAUGCUAAUUGUAGGCAUCAAAAUAAUAUCUGUUACUUGGAAAAAAAUAAACAGUCAUAUAUACAAAUAAUAUUUAAAAAGGAAAAAGGACAAGAAAAUAAUUAUCUGUUCUUAAGCACCAACUUGUUAUUGCAAGACGAAAAUAAUAAUAUAACAUAUUUAAAUAAUAGUAACAAUACAAUGAAUCCUUUAGUGACAUUAUUUAUAAAUAAUCAAGAAAUUACUAAAAAUACUUUAUACAAAAUUAACGAAAUAGGAAAAGAAAAAGAAAUCAUUAAUAUUAAAAUACUAAAUAAUACAGGAAAAAAUAAACAUAUAUUAAAAAACAAAACAAAUAUAAUUCUAGAUACUAAUUUAAUAAUUGUAAGAGAAUAUGUUUUUUAUAAAUUGCUUCUAAAAAUAUUGUCCUACUUUUCUUAUUUUUAUAUCUUUUUCUUAUCAUGUCUUCAACCAGUCCAAAUGAUGAAUCCUAUUCAAAUGAUACAAAUCCUAACAUUCAUAAAUAUAAAUUAUUCAUUCCCAUCAUUGUUUAGCUAUUUUAUAAAAAAUAUGCAAAGUCUUUCUUUUAUAUCCCAUUUUAUUUAUGAUCUUAAGAUAUAUAGGAAAAAAAUUAAUAUGUUACAAAAAAAUGAAGACGUUCAAAGUUAUAUUAUAUUUGAUGACCCUCAUGAAGAAACUCAGCACACAACGAACACUAAUAAUAUAAAACAACACGCUGGUAAAAAUUCAUCUGAUGGUUAUAAUUAUCAUAUAGAACAAGACACAUUGAAAAAAACAGUCAACAAUUUUGUAAAUAACAAUAAUAAUAAAUAUGUGCCUGGUAAUAUUGACAAAGAAAAUAACAUAAAUGAAAAUAUUCAAAAUGUUCAAAAUGUUCAAAAUAUUCAAAACAUUCAAAACAUUCAAAAUGUUGAAAAAGAUGAAAAUAUUCGCGAUAUCCAUAAUGAUAAUAAUUCGAACAACACCAAUGACAUAUUAAAUAAUUCUUCUUCCAGAAACAAUGUUGCUUGGUAUAAUAAAAACUAUUUACAAUAUUUAUUUUCUUUAAACAACAAAAAGGAACAACACGAAAACAAUCGAAUGACAUAUAAAAAAUUAGAGGAAUUAAAAAAAUAUUUCAUUAGUAAUAUAAAAAAUAUAUAUAUAAGCAAAAAGAAGAAGAAGAAAAAAAAAAAAAAAAAGAAAAGAAAAGAAAAUGAAAUACAAGACAUGAAACUAUUACAUAUAUAUAUUAGUACACUUUUAAAUAUUAUAAAUAUAAUAUUUAUUUUAUUCAUAUUUUAUUUUAUAUCUAAAAAAUUCAUAUCUAAAAAUAAGUAUCUAAACAAAUUACAUAUACCUUUUUUAUCUAUUCAAAAUUUUACAUUAUUCAUAUUUGAUAUAUUUUUAUAUCCAUUAAUAUUUUCUAUAUGCAAUAUAAUACAAUUUGAAAAUAUUUAUCAUAUUAAAAUAUAUUUUAUCUAUAUAGAUUUUCUUGUUCUUAAAAUUAUUUGUCUAUUUCUACUUGUGUCAUUUGUAAUUCUUUAUAUUGUUCUUCCAAUAUCUUUUAUCUUAUACAUACAUAAUCAUAUUGUUUAUAAUUAUAAUUUCAAAAAAUUUAUUCCUAAAUAUAUCAGUCAUAUAAAUGGAAUAGUAAAUUAUUUUCCCUUCAAAAUAUUUCUCAAGAAUAUGUUAUAUUAUCAUAAAUAUCAAAAUGAAAGUGAAGAUAAUCAACAGUUUUCUCCUUCUUCAAAUAAAGUAAACACAUCACAUUCUAAUAUAAAUAAUAUACUAAAAAUCGAUCAAAAAAAGAUGAAAAAUAUGUUAAUUAAUGUAGCAAAGAAAAAUAUAAAAUUUGUGGGCAAAUCAUUUCUAAAACAAAUUAUUGAAAAUUUUGUACACAUACAAAACGAAGAAUUAAAACAAAAUCUAUUGGAAGAUAUAGAUUCUACUCUUAGUAAUAGUGAAUAUGAAAAAAAUAAAAUUAAUAGAAAAUAUAAAAAUUAUGAUAAUAUAGACACAAAUCAUUCAAACAAUCAAUUUUUACUUCAUAAGGAUCAACUAGACAUUUACAAUAAUAUAUCAUUAUAUCAAAAAAAAAUAAACUUAUUUAAAUGUUAUAAAAAGUUAUUUUAUAUAUUAGAAGAACAAUAUGAUCAAUGUGAUCAUUAUGAUCAGCACAAUAUCGAAGAUAUACAAAGUAUAAGAACAACUAUUCCUCAAACAAUGAUUAAAUAUAAUAAAAAUGAUUGUAAAAAAUUAAAGAAAUAUAACACAUUCGUCAAUACACCAAAUAUAUAUAACAACUGUAAUGAUGAUAUCAUAAAUAUAUAUACAACAUCUCAAAUAAAUAAUUCAUUUUAUACAUAUGAUUAUUCAAUAGACUAUGACAUUAAAAAAAAUAAAUAUAUCAAAGUUCGAAUUGAGAGAAAUAUGCUAUAUAACAAUAAAAAUAAAGAACAAAAUAUGUUGUUUUUCUUAAAUGUCUUAAAUAAUAUAAAUGUUGGAUAUACAUAUGAUAAAAUACGUCUUUUUAAAAAUAAUAUAUAUAUAAAAAAAAAAAUCAAUUUAAAACAGUUAUAUAUAUUAUUAGCUCAUAAAAAAUGUAUAGAACUUUUCAUAAAUAUUGAACAAGCAUAUGAUAAUAAUUUACAAAAUUAUUCAUUUCUUAUUCAUAAUCUUUUUAAUGAAAAUAUGUAUACUCUAGUCUUAAUAAGAUUUAUAAUUGUUGUGUUUGUUAUUUAUAUAAAUCUAUGUAUAUCUCAUAUAAAUAUAUAUCUCCUGUCAUUAUCUUUAUUGUUUCUAUGUAUAUUUAUUUAUCGCUUAUAUUAUAUAAGUAUAAACGAAGAUCUAUUUAAGAAAUGUGAUAUAAGAAAGGAACAUUUAUUAAUAAUAAAUGAACAACAUGAAAAUGAUAAUCAAUUAAUAGAUACAUACAAAUCAAAAGAGCAGAUAGAUCAUUCUAUAAAAACUUCGAUAAAUCAAAAAAUGAACAACCAUAUUACACAAACUGAAAUAUACCAAAAAGAGAAUCUAUAUGGAAAAAGAGAAAAACAAAAAAAAAAUGAUGUAAAUAAUAAAUAUAAUAAUGAUUUGGAAAAUAUGUCAAAUAAACAACACAACCAUGUACAGACAUCAACAAGUUCAUAUCAACAAAGCGAUAUUAUCCAAGAUAAUAAAAAUUCAAGAAACAAAAAAUUAUAUAAUAGUAAAAAACAAAGUAAAAAUAUAAUAAAAAUAUAUAAUUUUAUAGAAUCUACUUUUUUUCAACUUUUUACUAUAUAUGUUAUCAUAAAAAACUUAAAAGAAAAACAACAUUACUCAGAAUUAAUUCUUAGCAUCAUAUUAUUUUUAGUAUUUAUUUUUUAUAUGUUUAAUGAGAAAAAUAAAUAUGAAUGUAUACCUUUCCAUUUAUUAUUAAUCCUUUUAACUAUCUUAUUAUAUAUCGAUUUUCUUGUGAUAAAACAAAUUGGUAAAGAAAUAUAUUUAUAUAUCAAACAUAUUCUUAUGAUAAAUAUAUAUUCUAAUUAUUAUAUAAAAAUAAAUAUAAUAAAUCACAUGAAAACAUUACAAAGUAUAUUUUAUAUUUUUAUUUAUAAUCCCAUUAAAAGUAUAGUAAAAAAAGAAAAAAAUGAAAAAAAUGAAAAAAAUGAAAAAAAUGAAAAAAAUGAAAAACGAAAUGUGAAAAAAACAAAUACAUAUAUAAACAUGAUAAGAACAAAUAAUAAUAUAUGUUCCAUAUUUUAUCAUAAUAAUAAUCAUAACAAAAAAAAGUAUAAAUUAAAACAACCAUACACAAAUAUAUCUACAUUGAAAAAUAUAACAUCUAAUCAUAUAGAAAUAUUUCAAUAUGAAGGUUGUGUUCAUUAUGAAUGUCAAGUCAUAAAAACAGAAAAAAAUAAUAUAAUAUAUAAUAAUAAAAAAAAAAAAUUAUACAAAAAUUUAUUUUGUUAUUAUACAACUACAGAUAUGAUCAAAAAGGUAUUAAAAAUUGAUACUAUACCUAUAUAUCUAAAUGAUGAAAUGAAAAAAGAACAAAAAAUAUGUAUAUGUACAAUACAAGUAAUUAAUGGGGAACAUGAUACUAUAACUAAAGGAAUAUCAUUUUUUAUGAAGAAAAAAAAAAGAAAUAAUCAUAAAAUAUAUACUUUAUAUUAUAAUAAAAAAUAUAAUAUUUUUAUAACAAACGUGGAAUCAUCAUCUAAGGAACAAAAAUAUACAAAUAUACAAAAUAAUCAUGUGAAUGAAAAAAAAGACAGAAAUGAAAUAUAUAAACAAAUGAAUGGCAAAUAUAUUACCUCUAAAAAAAACAACAAUAAUUAUUAUCAUACUCAUAUAGAUAACAUAAAUUCAUAUAAUAAAGAAUAUAAAAUUAUAAAAAUUGAUAAAUAUUCCUAUACAACUAUUAAUGAAAAUAAUUUAAUUAUAAAUAGCCUAUUCAUUAAACCAAACAAAAUAUAUAAAUUACAAAUAAUAUUUAAGGAUAAAAAUCUUAACAAUAUUACAUUUGAUAAUAUAAAAAAUGAGAGAAACAGUUUUAUUGAGAAAGAAGAUAUAAUAAAUAUAAAACAAAAGGAAUGCACAAAUAAAGAAAAUACAAAAUAUUAUAAUAAUGUAGAACAUGAUAAUGAAAAAUAUAUUAAUAUGAAUACAUAUAUAUUAAAUAAAAACAAUCUAAACCAAGGACAUUAUAACGUAUAUACUGUUAUAUGUAAAGAAAUAGGAAAACUCAUAUUUCCUUAUGAUAUGAAUUAUAUAGAUAUUUUUGAAGAUAUAAAAGUCGAAAAUAAAAAUAAAGAUAUAAUUUAUGUAAAUAUUCAUUCGAAUCAUAUAUGUUUUAUUAAAAAGGAUAAUAUUAUUAUACUAUAUCAUCCCUCAUUUGAGAUAUAUGAAAUAUAUCAUGUAUACCUUAAAAAUAAUAAAAAAAAUAUUUCGGAUUAUGUAAGCAAUGAAUUUGAGAUAAAAAGUACACAAAGUGGACAAAUCAUUUUAAGCAUUUAUAAGGAUGUACAAAAUAAUGAUGAUAUCAUAUAUGAACAAAAAAACAAUAUAGAGGGAACUAAAGAUAAUCCAAAAAUUAUGUUUGAUGAUAAUAUAUAUAUGUACAAAAUAGUUAAUUAUAAAAAAACAAAAGAUAUUUUUGUCAAGGUACAGAAAAAGUACAAUACUUUUUUUUCUCCCAUGUUAGAUAAUUAUGAUGAAAAAAAUAUGGAACACAAUAAAUUUGAUCUUUCUAUUUUUAAAACCUGCCUUAACAAUAUGGAAAAAAUAGAUGAACAAGAGAAUAAAAUAGAUAAUACAAAUAACCAAUUCAAUGAGAGAUAUAAAAACGAAAAUAUCGUUGAUAUGGUUAAACCAUAUGAUGAUUUCUGCAAAGAAAUAGAGUACAAUUAUUUUAUACCAAUUCAAAUAUUGUAUAAAGUUAAAUCACGUUAUUGUAUUUCACUUAUUAAAGACUUACAACAUUAUUUUAUAAAUUGUCUAAACGGUAAUAAUGUCAAUGAUAAUAGUAAUGAUUAUGAUAAUAAUUAUAAUAAUAAUAAUUAUGAUAAUAAUAAUUAUGAUAAUAAUAAUGAUAAUAAUAAUAAUUAUGAUAAUAAUAAUUAUGAUAAUAAUUAUAAUAAGCAUAAAAGAAAAAAAAAAAAAAAAUCAUAUCAUGAUGUCGAAUAUAACAUAUUGCAUAAUAACCAUGAAAAUGUUUCUACAAAAGACGAGCCUAAUAUUUUAUCAAACGAGAAAAAUAAUGAAAGAAAAGUUAAAGACCCUAACUACUCAAAUUAUGAACUAUUACAAAAUUCAGAUAAGUCUGAGGAUAGUCACAAUCAAUCAAAAGAAAAUAUAAUAAGAAGAAAAAAAAAUAUAAGAAAUCACAAUUUAUUUUUAAAAAAAGACCAAGUGAUAAAAUAUUCAUACAGAAUUUUUAAAAAAAUAUCCAACAUUUUUCCAAUGAGAAAUAAAAUACAGACAACACAUCAAAAUUAUGGAUCACAUAAAAUAUUUUCAUAUGAAAAAAAAAAGAAAAGAGAAGUAUUUUUUAGAUAUGUACCUGAUUAUAAAAAAGCAAUAAAUAUAUAUGCUACUAGUAUUCAAGUUUAUGAAAGCAAAUAUCACUUUUUAGUAAGUAAUAAAGGGAAUAUAAAAUUACUAUCCAAUUUUUUAAUUGAAAAUUUAAAUAUUUCAUAUAUAAUUACUUUGUUCAACAAAUAUUCAUUAUUACAUAAUGAACAUGAUGAAAUAAACAUAAAUUUAGAUAAUAUACAUUUUAAUAUAUAUGAAAUAUAUAAAAAAUGUUCAGAUGAUAAAAAAAGGUUACUAUCUAAAAUAAUAUUAUAUUUAGAACAAUUAGUAGCCUAUAAAUUCUUGUGUAUUAUUAAAUACUAUGGUGAAAAAUUAAAUUAUCUUCUCUUACUUGAUAAAAUUAAUAACGAUGGGGAUAUAUAUGAUAUUCAAAGAAAAAUCGAUUAUUUAUUUUUUAAUAUGUAUAAUUUUAUAAAAAAAGAAAUAAAAAAAAAUUAUAAAAUGAAAAAUUGUAGAAACAAAAAUGAAGUAAAUAUACAUUCUGAGAAACAAUGUAUAGACAUUUCUUUUAAUAAUAUAAAAUAUACAUAUGAAAAUAUCGUAAAAAAAUAUGUAAAACAAAAAAAAUAUAUGAAUAAAUGUUUCUCAGAUAUAAAACAUAAUAUAUAUCAGAUUAGAAAAAAAUAUCCUACUAUAUAUAAUUAUCCAUAUUUCCCAUUUUUUAUUAAUAAAUCUAAUAUAAUAAAAAUUAAAUAUGAUAUAGAUCAGCAAAUACAUUAUUGGAAUGAUUGUCUUACUAAUUUUUUUAAUAAUAUUAUAGAAAAGUCUUUAACACAUAUUAAUUUAAAAUAUAACAUAUGUAUAAUGAAUAAUCAUAUUCUGAAUCAUAUAAAAGAUUCAUUAUUAAUACGGACAAAAUAUAAGCAUAUAAAAAAUUAUAAUUUUGCUCAUAUAAUUAUUUCACAUCAUUUUUUAAAUCCACAACAUAUACAUUUUUUUCCUAUAACUCCUAUAUUUUUUUUUAUGAAAAUAUUACCAUCCAAUUCUAUAUUCUUUCCUAAUGAUAAAUAUAAUUCUAUAUAUAAUAAAGAAAACAUACAACAAACAAAUAAAAAUAAUGAAACUGAUAUUAUAAAAAAUAACGAUCAUAUAAUCGAUCAAUCACAAAAUGAUAAAUCUUUUUCUACGUCCAAUCCAUGUAAUAAUAACAACACGAAUGAGAAUAUGCCUUGUACAAAAUUAAUACCAUGUUAUAUACAAGUAAUAAAUAAUGACUUACUACUAUAUAUUUUUGACCAUCAUAAUAAUAAAAUGUGUUGGAAAUUAGGAAAAAAAGAUUAUAACAUUUAUGAACAAAGCGAAAAUUACACUGAAGUUACGUAUUCACAAUGUAACGAAGAUCAAAUAAAAGAUGUUCACACGGAUGAAGGACAAAAUAAUAUACAACAUAAUAUGAACAAUACGAAGCAAUAUAAUCCUUGUGUUAAUAUAAACAAUAAUCAUUUUUUAUAUGACGAAAGAAAAAAGGACACACAAGAAGAUCAAGAUAAUAGCUAUAUUCAAACAUAUUCAUAUAAUAAAGAUAUAUCCUCUAUACAUUCUUUAAAAAAUAAAAGAAAAAAAGAUAAAUCCAAUAACUUUUGUAAGGAUGAAUAUUGUACCUUAUUACAUGAUAAUCAUUUAAAUAACAAUAAUUUAAAUAAAAAUUUAUUUUGCUUUACAAAAAAUAUGGAUCAGUAUUUCUCAAAUAUAUAUAACAUUAUAAAAAAUUAUAUUAAAAAUAAAUAUGCCUUUUUUCUUUAUAUAUGUAAUGCAAAAAACAUAGACAAAUAUAAUUAUGAAACAGCUCCCGAAUUUGUUAAUAUAUUUAUUCAAAUAAAUUAUACAUGUGAAGAAAGAUUAAGAAAUAAUCUUACUAUAAAUGAUCAUUUGAUUGUAAAUAGAAAUAAAAAAAAACAACUAUUCUUGGAUAAAGGAAUCGAGGAAAUAUUAUUAGAGACUUAUGAAAUAUUGAAAAAUGAAAGAGAAAAUUAUAAUAUUAUGAAGGAAAAUAAAAAUGUACUUAUAGAUAUAAUACCUAAUUUUACAAAUAAUAUAAAUGAAGUACAUGAAAAUAGUUAUACAGAUAAAUCAAUAAAAAAAAAAAAAAAAAAAUAUAUAUAUAAAAAAAAUAUAUAUAUGAAUAAUAUAUGUUAUAAAAAUGAAAAUUCUAUAUCCAAUCCACAUAACAAUAUUUAUUACAACACAAAUAUUAUAAGAACUAAUGAUACCAAUAACAAUUAUUGUUAUAAUAUAGAACUUUUUACAUAUAAUUUUUUCAAACAAAAAGUAACGGAAUUAAUAAAAUAUCAUUAUAAUUAUAUUUGUAUGAGUGAACAAAAUUAUGUGGAAAAAUAUGCACAAUUUGAAAAGACUAUUAGUAGAACUGAAGAUGAAGAUGAUCAUAUAUCUAUUACCACAAUGGAAAAUAUAUCGAUGACUAGUACUGAUAUAAUGGAUGAAUAUACUGAUAAAUAUAUUGGAAAAUAUGAUAAUUUAUAUGUUGACAAAGAAGUAGAUGAUGUCUCAUCAAUAAUUCAAACCUUCCAUUUAAAUGAAAAUCCAAAACAAUAUGAUUAUUUAUUAAAGAAGAUAGAAAGAUCAAGAUGUUCAAAUUUAUUUAAUAUAGAACAUGAUAUAUACGAUUACAAUAAAUGCAUUCAUAGAGAACUCAUAUUUUAUAACAGGAGCCAUGAAACUUUUUCUAAAUAUAUUGGAGAUAUGAAAAAUAUGCUAUAUAAUGGGAAAGGCAAAUUAUAUGAUAAAUUUAAUAGUUUAAUAUAUGACGGAGAAUGGAGAAAUUGUGAAAAAAAUGGUAAAGGGAAAUUAUUAUUCAAAUAUUUUAAUAUAUGGUAUUUAUAUGAAGGUAAUUUUUGUAAUGAUGAAAUUGUAGAUAAGGGAAUUAUAUCAUUAAUUGAUAAAGAAUAUGUUAAAAAUAUAGAAUGUAAAAAAAUUAAUAAAUUGUGUCCUUUAUUAAUUAAAGCAAAUUUUUCUAGAAAGGGACAAAAAAAAACUACAAAGGAAAUACCAUCGGAAGUUAUAGGGGGGGAAAAUAUGGCGAAUAAUAUUGAAAAUAAUGUAUCGAAUAAUGUAUCGAAUAAUGUAUCGAAUAAUGUAUCGAAUAAUGUAUCGAAUAAUGUAUCGAAUAAUGUAUCGAAUAAUGUAGCAAAUAAUGUAUCAAAUAAUGUAGCAAAUAAUGUAUCAAAUAAUGUAGCAAAUAAUGUAGCAAAUAAUGUAGCAAAUAAUGUAGCGAAUAACCUAACGAAUAAUAUAGAUAAAAAAAAAGGCAAAAAAAAAUUUACCAAAAAGAUUAUGAACAAAAUACAAAAUACAGUUAUGGCAAAUUAUAGUUAUACAAAUAACGUCGAUUGUUGGUCUAAAGAUAUUAUUGAUAUAUAUAUGCCUUAUUUGAAAAAGUGGAAUAUAUAUUCAUUUUAUUGUUCAAGUAAUAUGGAAAAUAUUAAUAAAAGGAAAGAUAUAUUUUCAAAUAAUAAUAAUAAUAAUAAUAAUAAUAAUAAUAAUAAUGAUAAUUACAAUUUUAAACAUCUUAUUGGUUAUCCUUCUUUUGAGCUUGUAGAUGGAGACAACACAGAAAAUAAGUUAGAAUAUUAUAAAUUGGAAAACGAUACAAAUUUAGGAAACACACAUAUAAAUGACAAAUUAAUAGAAAACAAAAAACAAAUUAAAGAGAAUUACGAAAUAUAUAAUCAUAUGUUGAACACAGAAAUAUCAUCUAUUUUACAAAAGGAUACAAACAAUAAUGACCAUAUGGAUAAUAUUGAUAAAAUAACAACAACAAAAAAAAAAGAAAAAACAUUUCUAAGGGAUGAUAAAUGUAAUAUGAAUGUUCAUAUCGUUUAUGAAAAAAAUUUAUUACAAGAUGAAUUUAUUGAUUCCAUGAAAAAUAUAAAUGAAGAUAAGUUGUAUUAUCCAAUAAUAAACAAAUGUAUAGGAUUGACAAAAAUAAUAUAUGCUGAUAAAAGUGAAUAUUUUGGAGCUGUUAAUGAUAGAGGACAACCAAACACAAAUGAAAAAUAUCCAAAAGCAUUUUUUAAUAAUGAAUAUUUUUUUUAUGAAGGAGAGAUGAAAAAUUUUUUACCCAAUGGAUAUGGAAUAUUUAAAAAUAAAGAAAAGGAUAAAAAUACAUAUAUAGGUUAUUGGAGUAAUGGAUAUAGACAAGGUAAUGGAUGCUUACAUUUAAAAAAUAAAAAGUAUAUUAUACAAGGAAGAUUUUAUAAAGAUGAAAUUAAAGAUCAUAUUAAUAUUUAUAUAAGAGAUGAUAAAAUAUCUAAAUUACAUUUAUCUAGUAAAAGAAAUAAAAAUUGUCAAAAAAUGAAAAUAUAUUUUAAAAAUGGAUAUAUUUUCUAUGGAUAUUUUACUCCUAAUUUCAAAAGACAAGGUAUAGGUAUAUUAAUUGAUAAUCAUAAUAAAAUAUUAUAUCAUGGAUAUUAUGAAAAUGAUAUAAUUGAUAAAUUUUGUUAUAUAUUAAGACAUAAAGAUAAUACUAUAUAUAGUGGAAAUUUAAAUAAAGGAUUAAAACAAGGAUUUGGAAAAUUAUUUUAUGAACCAAAAAUUAAUAUUUUAGAUAAUCAAAAACAAAUUCAUAUAAAUCCAUCUAAUGAACAUAGCAUAGCUAGACAAUUAGAAACACAUGAUUCCAUUGAUAUAAAUUCUAAUAUUCAUAUAAAUUUCAAUAUACCAUCUAAUAAUGUAGUUUACAUAGGUUAUUGGGAUCAUAAUAAUUAUUCACAUUUUGGAUCAUGUAAUUUAAAAAAUGGUAUUUAUAAAGGUGACAUUAAACAUUCUAAAAAAGAAGGUCUAGGUAUAUAUAUAUAUAAGAAAAAUAAAACAUGUAAAAAUAAAAAUAGAUAUAUUUUAUCCUAUUUCAAAAAUGAUAAAAUAGAUAAAAUGGGAAAAUAUUAUACAGAAUAUGAUAAACUUAAAGUUUAUCCAUUUGAUAAAGAACAAAUUAUUCCUCCAUUAAAUUCAUAUGAAAAAUGUCUAAAAAAAGGCAAUACUAUACCACCACAUAUUUUAAAAACAGAUAAUCUAUUUAUAAAUCAAGAACUUGAUUCUUAUAUUACUUUACCUCUAGCUCAUAUGGUACAAACUAUAAUGAACGAAAUUUUUGAUAAGUCCACAAGUUUUAUAAAUUAUCUUAAUGCUUCUUUCAAAUUUGAUUUGAAUUAUUUCUUGAAAAAGUAA